AUGAAUUCUGAGACGUUGGUGUGGUGGGACAUGGACAGCUGUCCGGUUCCAGCUAGUUACGAUGCUAGUCUGGUCGGUCCGAGUAUACAUUUGGCGUUGGAGAAAUUAGGGUAUCGUGGUCCUGUCACCAUCACUGCCGUUGGCAAACUAAAACACACCUCUGAAGACGUCCUGCGAGCCAUCUCUUCCACUGGAAUCACUGUUAAAUACGACCCAUUGAGUCGCUAUGACUCUUUUUCGGAUGAGGUGGAAAGUUGGCAACUUCGUAAUCCAGCUCCGGCUUCAAUAAUGCUCAUAGCCGAUUCCUCUUUAUUCGACUUGUGGUCUCGCGAUCUCCGCUCCUUACAAAAGGAACGAUACAACACGCUUUUGGUAUAUCGAUCUGCUCCGCCUAAAAAAGCUCCAAAACUGGUCACUUCUGCAAAGUGGCGCUGGAAAAGCUUACUGAAAGAAGCAAUGGCUUCAGAUGGUAAACUGGAGGCAAAAAGACAGAUUCUUCAGGAAAAGCGCAGUAAAAGGUCUUUUGUUUGCACGUUAUGCUACGCUGCUUGGCGAAGCGUUGAAAAAUUCGCAGGUCAUCUCCAGUGUUUAGACCAUGAAGUAAAAAAGUUUGAGACUGCAAUUGAUACCGACUGUCUGGAUAACCUUGAUCAAGAGAUGAUGGAGAAAGAAUUGGAGGAAUUGGAGUGCUUCUUGAAAGAGGAAGCUAAGCUUUACCGUCGAACGAAGGUUACUACUAAACUGGUGAAGCGGGCUUCUAUUUUAUUGGCGAAGAAGAUACAAUGGGAGGAGUUGAAAAAGAAGUUGAAAGAGAGGGACCAAUUAGCAUCUCAAGGCAAACAUGAACGAUGGAAAGAAUUUGAGGGAAUGAAGAAGAGAAAGUUCGUGAACGAGGGAGCUGAGUCUUCCCGUCAAAAGAAGAUGAGACUGGGUUGA